AAUCGCCGCUGGGAACUGGAUUGUUAUUGGAAGUUUCGCAGAAGGUGACAAUCGAGAUUGUCGGAGGGUUCUUCCUCUACGGCAUUAUAUUGCAGCUUCUGUUGCAUUUCCGACAAAGAGGAAAAAAAAAGAUCUACUUGCAUUUGUAUAUUUCCCUUCCCCUUGAAGCAUUGAUUGAAUCUUUGUUGGUGGCGAACGAGUUCAACCUACGCCGGUUCAACUUUUGACCUUUCUGGGAAUUGACGAUUUUGAUAUCGGUCUGGCCCUGCUGAAUUUUCGGUGUUCGGCGAGGUGCAUCGUUUCUCUUUCACAUUUCUGCCCUUGUUAUCCUGAGUUGUUCACAUUGUUUUUUCUUGUUCUUCUCUCUUUUUUUCGCCUGGAGUUGUUCAUGUUGUCGAAGUUCUAUUUGGAUUCGGUUCCUGUAUGCUCCUGUAUAUGUUACCAUUGGCCUUAAUGAGUGUAAGUAGAUUCUGAAAACUUCCAAUUUCGUUUCAGGGUUUAGUGGCUGUUGGGGCUUCUUUGAAUGCUGGGUCCCUCAGUCUGCCUUUGCCCCUUUUGAAUCUACGUCUGGGUUAUUAUUCAUGAUUGGUGACUGGCACGAUAAUGGCAUGUUGGUUACUUUAGAAGAUAUGGAAUCUGAGAUGUCUAGUUUAUGAAAUACCAAAAUUGAAUUGAGGUUCUGGGAGAAAUCGAUUAUCUUUUUCUUUAGUGAUUGGAAGCAUAGUGCAGCAUAGCUGGAGCAAUUUAUGGAGCUAACUGAUCAUAGUGUUAUUAUGAAUGGGGAGAGUGAGGCAAUGGUCAAUGGACCUUCUGCAAGCAUGCCUCUAAGGCGGCGCCAAAUCUAUCCAACGUAUCCUGUUGGCUUAGUGAAGAAGACAGCUUAUAUAUUCGAUGGCCUUGGGAAUUUUUUUAAUAAGGAAUGGGAUCUAGCAGACCUUGAUCAAAUCACAAAAAGAGAAUCAAAGCUAUUAGAUGGGAGAGAGAAUGAGUUUUCUUGGUACCAUGUGGAGCUUCCAAAAGAAAAUCAAAAGCUGUCACAGUCUGCGCAGGACUUAAUUGGUGUUCUUUGCCCACCUUUGAAACUCCAGGACAUUCUCUCACUUGUCAGCAAUGGACCCUUCUGUGCACAUGUUGAUGGGGCUCUUGUAUUCAGGGUUAAUUCACCUGGCCCUCCCACCAGUGACUUUACAUUUAGGAUUGCUGCUAGAGUCACAGAAAAUUCAGUAAUUACUGUGUCUUUGGGGCGCGUUCCCCGAUUAGGUUUUUCACGCAUGGGAGAGUCUCUUCUUUCUGAGAUUCCUAGUGUGGAAAGCCCCCCUCAUUUUGGAGAUCAUCAGAAGCCGGGGAAUGGGACUGUGAUUAAGGAGCAUGUUCUUGAAUUCUUAUUGACUAUGAAUCAUUCUGAGGAAGCUGACAAUCCAGUUCCAAGAUCUGUCUCAAACCUUGUAGUUCAUAUAAUUGACACCCAUGUGGAUCAGCUUCAAGAUCUUGUAACUAAACUUGAGAUGGAGUUGGACUCUGUGGAGCUUGCCUUGGAUAAAGGUGGUUUUGCUUUGAAGAAACAAAUGCUAGAUGAUAGAAGAUUUCCCAAACUGCAUCUGGACUUGCAGCGUCUCCUUCAGGUGAUUUCUCAUGGGGAGCAAGUAUUUUUACGAGUCAGAGAAAAAUGCUCUUUAAAACCAUGGUUUGCCAAUGAAGACAUUAGCUCUCUUGAAGAAUUAAUUGGAAGAUUAAAGAGGUUGAAGGAGAAUGUUGGAUUUAUAGUAAAUCGUGUAACAGCAAUUCAAGCAGGUCUUGACAGCUGGCAGUCUGAGCAAAUAAACAGGAAACUUUACUAUCUUUCAUUCCUUUCAAUCAUAUUCCUUCCAUUAUCCAUCAUUACAGGAGUUUUUGGCAUGAAUGUUGGAGGUGUUCCAUGGACAGGCCAAAACAAUCCCGAGCUUAAGGAUGGCUUUCGCAACGUCAUCCUACUGUGUGUUGUUAUGCUACUACUUGUGCUACUCUGCUUCCUUUUCCCGGCUCUGUACACUCGUAUAGCCGCAUGGCGGAGAAAGAAUGUUCUGGGAAGAAGCUGGUCAAUUAAUAGGAAGUCAUUUCUUAGAAGACCUCUCCACAUUGGAGAUCAAGGGAGAGGAGGAUACCUUCGGAUCUGAAGAUGGAAGGUUAUCUUUUGUUCUCAUGAAAUAAAUAAUCAUCCUGGUCACAAAAUGUCUUCUGUUUUCAAUAAUGUCUCUCACUUGAGCGUGAGUGUCUCUAUCACGGGUUUUCAAUGACUAUUGAAACGAAACAGAGAUGAACUGAUAAUGAGCUGCCAUGUAUAUCAUAUGAAAAAAAUAAAACGGUUGCCACGUGUGGAAGAACCAGAAGCCUCAAAGAUGGGGGAUUUAUGAAACAUGAAUUCUUUAGUUGAUGAAAAUCGAGACUUGUGACCAAGGUGAGCCUAUUCAUUCAUUGUUUAUUUCUUGUUUAGGGGGAGGGGGUUUAUGGAUACAUCAUCCCCCCUCCCCCGGCUUAAAACCUGGUAACAUUUUUUCCCCCUUGUAUAGCGCUAUGUAAUAGCUUUAUCCAAGUCUCAUCCAAUGGAGAACUGUUUUUGUUUCCUUUUUUUUUGGGAAAAGUGAAACUGUAUGUGUUUCUUGAUACUGCUGUACAAAUUUAAUUUCCCAUCUAUAUUGACUUUUUUUAGAGA